GCAGCAUGGAACUUGUAGUCUUUGUGUGCUUUUACCCAGAGCGCUUGCGCUAAUGAGGCGCGAGCCCCCGUACCAUCAGGAUUCUGGGUCCUUGUGAGGGGUAGCCCAUGCGACAACGUUCCAUUCGAAUAGAUAUCCCCCCUCCGCCUAGGACGAGCCUCAUCUGGAAAAUAAUCGGAUCUCAACAGGGGUCGCGUAGCCCGGGAAAGCCGCCGGAAUAAGCUUGCCCCCGUCCCGGAAGUGAGCGGCUUCUGGCGCGGUGCAUUGUGGGGGGCGUAGUCCUCCUUUCCAGGCGGUCCUUCGCGGCGUCCCCCGGGCCGACUCCGGAGCGCAGGCGGGCGGCGGGGUGGGUAGCGCGGCGCGGGCUGUCCGCAAGCAUAUUCUAGGCACGGGGCCCCCGCCCUGGACGAGUUGCGUCGGGCGGCAAUAGUGAGAGGCCUCUGAGGGCCUCGCGCGGCGCCGCCCGUCGAGGAGCUGAGGCGGGGGCCAGACCCGGCCGUCGAAGAGCGCAAGAGGCCGGUGGGCCGGGCCGCGCGUCGCAGCCAUGCCUGGCUUUACGUGCUGCGUACCGGGCUGCUACAACAACUCACACCGGGACAAGGCGCUGCACUUCUACACGUUUCCCAAAGACGCUGAGCUGCGGCGCCUCUGGCUCAAGAACGUGUCCCGUGCCGGCGUCAGUGGGUGCUUCUCCACCUUCCAGCCCACCACAGGCCACCGUCUCUGCAGCGUUCACUUCCAGGGCGGCCGCAAGACCUACACGGUGCGCGUUCCCACCAUCUUCCCGCUGCGAGGCGUCAAUGAGCGCAAAGUAGCGCGGAGACCUGCGGGAGCUGCGGCAGCUCGCCGUAGGCAGCAGCAGCAGCAACAACAACUGCAACAACAACAGCAGUCGUCUGCGUCCUCCUCCACUGCCCAGACCACGCAGUUGCAGCCGAACCUGGUGUCUGCCUCUGCGGCCGUGCUUCUUACUCUCCAGGCCGCUGUAGACAGCAGCCAGGCUCCGGGAUCCGUGGCUCCGGCGCCCACCGCUCCCUCGGGAGAUGAUGUGAAGCCCAUCGACCUUACGGUGCAAGUGGAGUUUGCAGCUGCGGAAGGCGCAGCCGCUGCCGCUGCCGCCGCCGCAUCGGAGCUAGAGGCUGCUACAGCUGGGCUGGAGGCCGCUGAGUGCGCUCUGGGCCCUCAGCUGGUGGUGGUAGGAGAAGAGGGCUUCCCUGAUACUGGCUCCGACCACUCGUACUCCCUGUCGUCAGGUACCACGGAGGAGGAGCUCCUGCGCAAACUGAAUGAGCAGCGGGACAUCUUGGCCCUGAUGGAAGUGAAGAUGAAAGAGAUGAAGGGUAGCAUUCGCCAUCUGCGUCUUACCGAGGCCAAGCUCCGUGAAGAACUUCGGGAGAAGGAUCGCCUGCUUGCCAUGGCUGUCAUCCGUAAGAAGCACGGAAUGUGAAUGGUUCUCCUCCGCAACCUUCAGAAUUAUUGACUCCUUUCAGCCCAAGGAAUCAAUCCUCAGGCGGAUGUUGAACUCCCCAAUAUUCUGGUUGACAGUGCUGAGGUUUAGGGCAGCGGAACUCUUGUUGGUCAUCUGGCACCUUCAUUUGUUUCCUCCCGAAAUAGGAUUUUCUACCCAGAAUCUGGUGACACCAGCAAUUGUGACUUUGUCUCUGACUCCCCAGUUUAUGUUGCUGAUUCUGGUUAAGCAAAGGUUUUAGAACUAUCGAACUUGAAACUUAUCCUGGAGGGAUGGAGAUGGGACUCUUAAGGACUCUGGGUUGGAGAAAACCCCACAUUAAGGUUGGCCAGCAGUUAGAGACAACUUUGCUGUGCGUAGUGAUAAGAGAUCUCGGUAACAUCAUUUCCUCUUUUCAUGCUUACCUGUGAUUCUGAUGGGGACUAGUUGGUCUGUGUCUCUGCCUUCUAGGACCUCUCUACCCAAAAGGUCGGGUGACUUGCUGAUGGAGUUCCAGCUUACCAGGGACUUAGGUUUAUCUCGUUAUGUUUGCUACUGGUUACAAAUUCUAUUUUCUGUACAAUUAGCCUAAAGUUUUCACUGUGUUUGUUUGGCAAAACAAAUUAAAGAAAAAAGUAAGGUUUUUA